AUGUCUCCCAGAACCUUGAAAUCCUCCAUCUUCUGGGGUCUAGUCUAUCUCCUCGUCGAUGUGAGCUUUGAUAUGACUGAGAUGAACAACAACAAAUUGAAGGAAGACGUUAUCGAGAUGCUAGAGAAAGUCACCAGGUCUUUAGAGGAAUGCAAGCGAGCUCAUCAGAAUACCCGAUUUGAUGAAGACUUGAAGCUGAUCUUGAAUGAUGCCUUUAUUGCUCUGAUUCUAUUUUGGGUAGACACGGUCAACUUUAUGCGAGCGUAUCAUAAUGGUAUGUCUUGUUUAAAUUACAAGACCCAACGACUAACGAGUUCUACAAGAAAGGACGAGCAGGGCACUUCAUAUGAUUAUGAACGAGAGAUCAAAAAAGUAAACGGCACGUUCGAUCACCUGAAAGUGUGUGCUACCAUGCCGGAGUCCGGACCAAACCUCUCAGUAGUCCCAAGUGGCGUGCCGCUCCGGUCAUUACUGCCCAAAGACCUAUCGUUGCCUUGUGGGAAAGCACCAUACUACAGCGACGUUGAUUUUUAUGGCCGGCAAGUCGAACUCGAAAAGAUAAAUUCGGCCUUGGGUUCGCAAGUUGACAAGAGUGACAAAUUGUUCACCAUUUGCGGUCUUGCAGGUGUCGGAAAGUCCAAACUAGCCAUGGCCUACGCAAAAAAGUACGCCCGCCAAUUUGAUGUUAUACUCUGGAUAAAAGCACAGACAGCUCUUUCACUCAGCCAAAGUUUCACUGAGAUUGUCUCUGAGCUUCGACUGCCAGGUGCGCCUAGCAAUUCGGAAGAAAAUCAGCAGCUUAUACUGGAUUUCCUUAAACUCAACAGUCAGUCGCUACUUGGAGGUUUACUCACUUCUUUGGGCUCGGGCUGA